GGCGUGCGCGGAGGCAGGCGGAGCCAGCGGCGGGCGCUUUUGUGGCGGCGGGAGCGGAGCGGGGGUCGUUUGGGAAGAGGCUUUAUGACACCGGGCCAGGCCUCUAAUCCAUGCUGCUGAUCCAAUCCACAUGGUUUUGGGUCUCUGGCCGGGAACAAUUUGGAGCCCUUCGGAUUGCCACCAGGCCUGCGUGACCAGCUGUUCUGGCUUCUGCUUCCUUCCGCUCCUUUUGGCUCAGGGACCCCAAUGUUUUCCUCCGAGGCGGAGAGGGAGCGAGACAAAUGGGGACCACGGUUUGACUCUCCCCCCUCCACCUCGGCCGCGGCCUCUCAGGCAAAUGCAACCGGCCGGAAAAGGAAGGCCAACUUCUCCAACGACGAGACGGAGACCUUGGUCUGGAACGUCGUGCGGCACUUCAGCGCUCUGUAUGGCUCCGAAUCCUUCCGGGCUCACCCUGUCCGCCGGAAACAGCUCUGGACGCAGAUCCAGAGCCGAGUCAACUUCCUGGGCUACACAGAGCGCUCCAUCGAUGACCUGAAGCAUAAGUGGCGGGACCUGCGUUUGGACGUCAAGAAGAAGAUAACAGCCAAGAAGCCCCUUCCUCUCCACCGGCCGGGACCCCCCCACAAGCCCCGACUUACCCCGCUCGAGAAGAUGGUGGCCUCCACCUUUCUACAGCCCACCCAUGACUCCGAGCCAGAGAUUGUCCUGGACCCAGAGAUCUUCUUCCCGGGGGCAUCCAAACAGCCCUUCCCGCCCAUGCAGCCGGGCGCCAGCCACCCCAGCAUCUACAUCGACACCAACGGACAGCCCUCUUCUCUGCCCGCCAUGGAAGGCUCCACAGUCCCACGGCUGGCCGGCGUGAGCCCUGACCCUUCUGUGAUUUGUGACUACAGCAGAGGUGAAGGACAGAGCAGUUCAGCGGAGUCAGGGCCAGAGCUGCGGACCCCUGAAAUGUCAACGGUCUCUCCUCCUCUAAGAAACGAAUCCCUGGUUUCCUACACAUCCCUGUCUGAGGAGGAGGAACGAGACGCCCCGGAGACAGAGGGCGGGAUGGGCUCGCAACCUGGCCUGGAAUCGCAGCUGUCAGCCGAGGAAGAUGGAAAAGCAUCUGGCCGACAAGGCGUGCUGAUCCGCCGGUGCAACUCGCAGGGUUCGGUGAUGUCCCUCCCCGAGGAUCCUAUGGAUGCCCAUUCAGACUGGGGCCACGAGGGGACCUCCGACCUCCCGACCUUGGGCCGACCCAUGCAGCCGGAGGAGGAGGAGGAAACAGCCAACCAAAGUGCAGAGAUGGGCCCCUAUCCCCGCGUCCUGAUGGGGCCUGCAUGGGAGAAACAAGAUGAAGAGCAGCAGCGUUCGAGGUCCCCGCUCCACGUCGGGGCUCUGGCGGAGGAGUCGCUGCCCUCUUCCGAGUCUCCCCAGGCAGACCGGGUGCCGCCUUCGCAGCCUCUUCCACGGAAAACGGGUUGCUCGCGCCUGCGGGAAGGCAGGCGAGACACGUGGAGGACUAAUCUCCAUUGCUUGAUGGACAUGGAGGAUCAGUGGGACCAGCUGUACCAUCAAGAGCUGGCCAUGUGGCAAGAGGAGCGGGCCCAGCAGCGAGAGGAACGGGCCCGGGACAGGGAGCUGCAAUUCCGGCUCCUUGGAAUCCUCACCGACAUCCGCGACGAGCUGAGGUACUUGCGGCAGGAGAGGACAGCUUCUCGGCAGGAGAGGGCUUCUCAGACUGUCGCAUCGCCUGCUGUGCCGGAGCCAGCUGCCGCGCCUCUGCAACCUGAAGUCGUGGCCCCAGAGACCUCCGCUGAUCCUGUCCCCCUCCUCUCCCCCCUCAAAAGCGAAGAGGGCCCCUCUGGACCACCCGCAGUUAGCGCUGGCCGGGGAGAGGCAGCCACGGCUACGAGAAGCCCCCGUGGCAUUCCCCGUCGAGGUAGGGGCCGCCCCCGUGGUUCUAUGUCCAGACACAGGCGGUUAUUUGUGACUAAUAGCUAGAGCAGACGGGCCUUUGCUUGCUCCAAACCAAUAGAUAUGGACUCUGGGUGCAUGGGUGUGGACAAGAGCCUCAAAAUUUCCACCGCUGGGGGUUCACAGAGGCCCAAGAGUGUGUGCGUGUAAGCGAGGGCAACGGAUGUGACCUUAUGAAAUAUAUCGCACGCCAUGUGAGAAAAAGACAUCGGGGCACACGUCUUCUCUGGGAAGGACAGCCAUGGACAAUCAAGCCUGGGUGCUCAGUUCUGCAAGAAGGCCAGCGGGCAACUGUGACCACGUGGCUGCAGCGGAAGGACAGUGCCACUGGCUUGCACCCUCAGCCACAUCCAAAGCCUUACUUCCAGUGGGGCAGUGCAGAACAGGACACGAGCCCCUGGGGCCGCACUGCUGUGCGGUGGACUCUCCUGUAAUUGAAUGUAAAUCCUAAAAUGUUUGUGGGUAGGACUGCCCAGGUAACGCUGCCCCCAUCUGCCAUUAUGAUGCUCCCUGGCACAGGUCGGCGCAAACAACCGGGCUUGCAGAUUCACAUUAGCGCAGCUGCAAAGCCGGAAGGGUGCGAAUGUGAAGGAGAGCCAUACUUGUGCGUAAGGGAGAUGUGUGCACAUGUGCGCAAGGCAGAAUACAAGGUCUGUUAGCGCGAGUAGGAUUGUGGGUCAGACGGGGAUUUAAGGGUUCUUAGUUGCUGUUGGUCAGACAUUUUAUGCAAAUCAUUUAAUGGGCAAAUUGGCAUAUAUAUCUAUAAACUUUUUUAAAAAAAAAGUAAACCAAAGUGUGUAUUUC